ACCACAAGAAAAAGAUAAUCCACAACCAAAACCUCGAUACCCCCAAGAAUUCACAUUUAUAUAAGAGCAUAAACACCAUAGUUUCAUAGCUGCAUUCCGAGAAGCUUCUCCUUCCAGUUUACGUAAACAAAUUCUUCAAGUCAUAGAAGCUAUGUGCAUGAACACUGAAGAAUGGGUCUCUACCCGAUCCUUCGGCUUCUCUACUAAAACCCAUCGAUCAAAAAGAUCUAAGGUUCGAGUUUACUUACUCAUGAGGAGGAGGAGUGAGCAGAUAUCUGGGAGGGACAUGGAACUGAAGAACUUAAGGCUGUACUUGGAGAACCAAAGCAUAAUUGAAGAGAAUGAGAAGCUGAGGAAGAAAGCUAAUGUUCUUUACCAGGAGAAGUUAGUCCUGGUUUCGGAGCUCCAGAAGAAGUUCCCUCCAAUUGGCUGCUCUCCACCAGUUGUCUACCCGAUUGCAGAUUCUGUUAUCAACAAAGAAGUAACCCUCUGUUAAAUAUAGGAUAUAGACCCCAUAUCUACUCAUAAAUUGCCACUUAGUCUCUUCCAACCCGACUCUAAGUGAAGACAGUACACAAUCAAUGUCCUUGUCAGAGCAAGAGAAGAGGGAUGUAGUUGGAGGGAAGCAUCAUUUACUUAUAAUUUCAUAAACUUUCGGUUGCAGUGGACUGCCCCACUAUGGAUGUUAUGGAAGGCCAAAAGUUUCAGUGUCCCAAUGAACUCAUGCAACAUCUAGCAUAACUCAAUUUAAUGCAUGAUUUUGGUCUUAAAAUGAAGAACA